AUGACUAGUGUCGACGUUGCUCACGAUCAAGGAACCAAGUGGGAUUGGCCAUUCCAGAAGGGAGAUGGAGUUGUUAAGGUUCUCGAAUACGAAGACCACUUCGAAGUCGGACUCGAGGCCUUCAACUUCGAGCCAAAUGAGAUCGAUGUGAAGAACGUUGGAGAGUUCCUUGAGAUCCAUAUGGCCCACACUGCCAAGGACGACAAGUUCGGAACCAUCACUCGCAGUAUCACCAGAUGCUACAGACUUCCAAAGGGAACCGAUCCAUCGACCAUCAAGAGCAAGUUGGACGGAUCUGGCAUCCUUCACAUCACUGGAAACAAGAAGUAA